UACAAUCCUCCAGAUACUCCCACGGAAGUCUGCGUCUCUCACAGUGACCAGGAGGGUUUCUGCUCUGCAAUUGUUCGGCAACUUGUCUUCUCACACUUUCAGAUGGUUAGAUUCAUCCACGUACAAUGAGCGCAGGUCUCAUCUGUUCAUAAAUUGAAUUAAUUCUGAGUGUGGCUCCUGCUUUCUGAAAAUUCAACUGUCAAAAAUGAAGAUCACGGGCUCUAUCGAGUAACUGAAAUGAAGUGUUGCUCCUCAACAGUGGCUGCCUCGGUUUGCAAAUACAGGAUAGCGCUUCUACAGACAGCAGGCCCACGCCCUUUCUCCCGUCUGCCUGCUCCGUGCUCCUUUCCGGUCCGCGCCAUGCUUCUGAGGAGGUUCAGACGCAACAGCGUGAUCGCCUCUUUCGUCUUCACCUGCAGCCUCGCCUUAGUCUGCAUUUUAUUCUCCUUGAAAGAGGAGCACUCCUCCUUGGAGCCAGAGACCGUGGAGGCAGCGAAGGCCAAGAGAGAGAUUGAGCUGGAAACGAACAGCAUUCCAAAGGUCCACACAGCGGUCCACACGGCGAUCCACACGGCGGUCCACACGGCGGUCCACACAGCGGCCCCCAGGGAAAAGAACAAUGUCACCUGGCCGAAACCCCGGGCGCACCUGAAGCUCGUUGGCAUCUCGGAGGCCUUCAGGAAAGCCGUCCCGCAGAACAACGCCUACUGGAACAGGAAGCAGUACGCUCUCUUCAGGCGGCUGGAUUCGGCGGCGAGGUCAGGAGGCAGCUGGCCUGAAGCGGAGGAGGCGGACCGGACGCCGUGUAGCCUCUUGAGCUCGGAGCUGCUCCACAUCAACAUCCCGGACUUCGACUCCUACCCGGCCAUGUACCAGGACUUUGCGCGGGGCAUGCACUGCAGGGACCCGCCCAUUCUGAUCGACCAGCCCUACAAGUGCCCCGAGGCCGGUGGGGAGGGGCAGCCCUUCCUGCUCUUUGCCAUCAAGUCCUUGCCCAGGAACUUUGAGCAGCGUCAGGCGGUGCGGAACACCUGGGGACGGGAGGUGACGUUCGACGGGGGGCUGAAGGUGCGGACGGUGUUUCUGCUGGGCACGUCCUCCCCGACGGACCCCGACCUGGGGCAGCUGGUGCGCUUUGAGGCGGGCCACUUUGGGGACGUUCUCCAGUGGAACUUCGUGGACACCUUCUUCAACCUGACCCUGAAGGAGAACGCCUUCCUGGGCUGGGCCCAGCGACGCUGCCCCCACGCCUCCUUCAUCUUCAAGGGGGACGACGACGUGUUCGUCAACCCACAGGCCAUGGUCAAAUACCUGCUCUCCCUGAAGCCCGAGGAGGCUUCCAAGCUUUAUGCCGGUCAGAUCGUCUCCAACGCCACACCGUUCCGUGACUCCAAAAGCAAAUACUACAUCCCCAAUAGCUUUUACGAUGGGUCAUACCCCUCCUACGCGGGGGGCGGCGGGUUCCUGUUUUCCGGUUCGCUCGUGAGACCCCUCUACAAUCUCUCGCAGCACAUCGUCUUCUUCCCCAUCGACGACGUCUACACGGGCAUGUGCUUCCAGGCCCUGGGCAUCACCCCCAUGGCGCACCCUGGGUUCCGGACCUUCGACAUCCAGGAGCAGGACCGCAACAAUGUCUGUGCGCACAAGGACAUCCUCCUGGUGCACAAGCGCACCCCGCAGCAGGUCCUGCGGCUGUGGAGGUACAUGUUUAGCCCCCUGCUCACCUGCUGAGCCCCUCACUGCGCUGCAAGCUUCCCUACAGAGAAAUGAAAAGCCCCAAUGCACCGCAGCACGUCAACUCUCAGGGCAAUUUACUGCUUUUUUUUUAAUUGCUUUUUUUUUUUUUUGUGUGUGUGUGAGACCAAGCCAAAUUGGCCCCUGAAGGAUGAUUACAUUUUAAAGUUAAAUUAAAAUAACAGUGACCACCUCAAUGAGAAUGGAGAUCUCUCAGCUGCCUCCAACAUCUCUUUGAGAGAUUUCCUUUCUUGUACCAUGAAACGCACAAGAGUAGCAGUUUUGCACAAUAGUAGCCGUUAAUCUCCAAUCCUUUGUGGCAUAUUUGAAUUCCAGUCCCUGGCAGAGCAGUUAAGAAAAACUUCUGCUUUGUUUUAAAAGGAGUUUUACAAUUGAAAUUCUGGUUUACUAUUCAAAUACUAUUCAGUUGCUCCUGAAUUAUGUGUUGUCAUCAGCCAGUUGGCAAUCCCAACACCAAAUAAUGAAUUCCAAAACAUUUUGCUUCACUGUAUAGCUGACACUAUUUGCUUCUUCAUUGCCAUAAUUAGGCAAAUACUGCAUUACCUCAAAUGUUUGAGACAACAAUGAACAGGAAUGUAUUUUUCUAUGCAUGCCACAGGAGAAAAUGUAAAUGUCAUGUUGAACAUGACCAUACUUUCAGGGAUAAAAUGUAAUGUGUAAGCAUUCUCAUAAUUUCUUAUUAUGUUUUAUGUUCCUCAUGUGUAAGAAAUAGUCUUUAAAAUGUACAUCACUACACAGAGGAGCAUUGGUCAGGCACUGGAGACCAACUGGUCUUCAGGCUUUGUUCCUAUGUAGAUCAUACUGUUUUAAUAACAUGAUGUUGUUGAAGGCUGGGCUGCUUAAUUCCAGGUCCAGGGCUGCAGUGCCUGCUGGUAUUUGCUCCUACCAUGCACUACACCACCUGAUUUGACUGCUUAUUUUACCUCCUCAGUUCAGGAAGUAAGGUGAUUAGCGAAAUCUGGUGGUGUAGUGCGUGGCUGGAGCAAAUGCCUGCAUACAUUGUGGCCCUCAGGUCCUGGAGCGGACAAGGCCUGAGCCGUGUCCAAAUCAGCACACUUGCCUACUUUUGAGGAUACAACUUGCAUGCAGGCUUGCAUACUCAGUAGUAGGCAAGUGUGCUGUUCUAAGGUAUGACACUACUGCUGUUCCUAUGUCUGUCAGGAGCAAGGAACUCCACUGAUUUAGCUGUGAUGAAGCCUUGGAGAGCCACAGGAUCUUUCAUACAGGAACACUCACCCAGUGUUCAGAGACUUAGGGUAGUUCUAAAACCUGCUAAUGCUAAAAUCACAGUUGGAAGAUUGCAGAUUUAAGAUUGGAACUGCAUGUUGUCCAGGAGAUCAGCGGCUCAUUUUACAGUCAACACACAAACAAGCAGAGGUAGAAAGUCCAGGUUCAGGCAGUAGGAGUCCUCUCCAGUAUUUUGUUCCUGGAUCACCUGUAUUUGCUAAUUAGCACAGUUCUUCAGUAAUAAGGUAGAACUAAUUAGUUAAAUCAGCUGGCUCAUGGGUGGAAGAAAUGCAUGGCAGGACUUUUGUUUUCUCACCCGUAUCUGUAUACAACAUGGAAGUGUGACACCUAAGCUUUUAAAAUAUAUUAGCAAAUGGCCUAUAGUAUAUGAGUAUAUUGCAAACAUGAAUGAGAACUGGUCAAUCAAAAACCAGUUUAAACAAUGUUUAAGCCUUUAACUGUGUAUGCUAAUUAUUUAUGUUUUGAAAAAAUAUGGGCACAGGUUAUGAAUCCUCCAGGAGAAGCAGUGUAACCAGUCUUAAAUUUAAAAUGAAGAAAGGUUUUUGUAUACUUUUAAAAUUAUGCUGUUGUAUUGUGUAUAAUAACACGUAUUUAAAAAAUAAAAAAGGAGAUUGUUGAACAUA